AUGGAACUAUCAUUUUCCAAGUUCAGGCUGCGUUUCUACUUCUUCGUAGGCGCUUUAAUAUGCCAACUUAUUGCCUCAAAUAUCCCUGCAUUUGAUACCUCUCAUUUGGUCUCGAAACCUAGUUCUAAUUCCCCUGAUUCAACGUUACUCGAUUUUAGCCGAGAUUCUUCAGCUACAGGUUAUAGCGUUGACUUCAAUGACUAUCCUCCGAAUUUGGUGCCAUCUGCCGGGCUACGAUGGGACGCUUUGCACUAUAUUGACGUGGCGCUAUCUGGAGCCUACACAUACGAACACCAAUACGCGUUUUCUCCCGGAGUUCCUAUUGUACUACGCUUGAUCUAUCUUGGAAAGGAACAACUGUACCGCUUAGUCUCUCGAAUGUUACUGCCUGGGUCUAAAUCUACCGAAUUUUGUUCAAUACUGACCAACCUCAUAAACGCACUCCUUGUUGCUAUGGUGGCCUCCCAACCCAGUUUGGCUCUCUAUAACCUCACUGAACGAGUCACUCGUUCGAAAGAAUUCUCUUUCUUGACCUUGCUCGUACAUGUGAUCCUUGGAGCCCCUCCAGUUAUCAUACGUAGUGUAUAUGCCGAACCGUUUUUUGCUUGGUUCACAUUCGAAGGUUAG